UUCACCUGGAUAAAUCACCAGGAACGUAAUUAGGAAAGGACACGGACAUAGUGGUUUGUUUUUCUGCACAAUGUUCAUUUUGAGUGUCGCCAAUCAAAACAAGGGGUCUGUUUCUUCGGAAAUGGGGCUUCCGUGCAACCUUCCAUGUCAUUUGCUUACCACUCCUGACCGCAUAUUGGCUUUGGAUUACGACAACAAGUCCACCAAUUUGGUAAUUUCCCAGUUAUCAUUCGCUACAGCCUUAGACUACAAUUACAAUGAUGACUACAAGCGUGGCUUCAUAUUUUGGACUGAUAGGAGGGAAAAGAGCAUUAGGCGCUCAAAUAUGGAUGGCACAGACGUAAAAGUUAUCCACAAUAGCACAGAAGAAUGUUACGGACUAGCCGUGGAUUGGAACUCGUUGCAGUUGUAUGGGACUGAUAUAACAAAUGAUACGAUAUGGGUAUCGGAUUUUGACGGAGGUAAUAGACGCAUAGUCCUUUCCUUAGAUCUAGACAGGCCGACAGGGAUUGUUGUCGACCCACACGAGAGAUUGAUGUUUUGGAAUGCAUGGGGAAGUGCCCCAAAAGUCGAGAAAUCAAACUUAGACGGAACCCAACGUGUUGCUAUAGUAACAUCAAAUCUUACUUGGCCAAGUGGUAUCACGCUUGAUCGACAAAACAAACUUGUUUACUGGGUGGACGAGUCAAGGGGUACAAUCGAAUCCUUUGAUUAUGGUGGGAACAACAGAACUCUACUCUUUCAACAAAAAGGUUUAAACUUUUAUUCAGUUACCUUCAUCUCCCCUUAUUUGUUCAUCACUGGUUGGAGAAGAAAUUGGAUUUACAAAGUUGACGUCUCCAAUGGAACAGUUUUAAGUGUUCUAUCGUUGUCCCACGGUGAUGCUAUGGGACUAGUGGCAAUUGACAGCUACAGGCGGCCAUCAGCUGUGACGUGGCCAGCAUUGAUGUCACCAGCCAAUAGCAUACGACAUGGAUGCCCUGGGAAUGCAACAGUAUAUCCCUGUAAUACAGAGUGUCAGUUCUCUUGCCUUGAAGGUUAUAAGCUUAUUGGCUCCAGCUUGAGGAAAUGUCAAGACAACGGGCUUUGGAGCGGAAGGCAAUCUCAUUGCGAGAGUAUUACCUGCCCAAUGUUAUCAUUACCCUUCAAUGCUGUACUCUUGGGAUGUAAUACAACUGGGUCAGAAAUGUUCUAUGGAACGAAAUGCAAGUUCUUUUGUAAGGAAGGAUCUGUGGCGGCCAGUUCAACAGUAAGAGGUUGUUCAGAAAAUGGAACCUGGACUGGAAGAGAACUCGUGUGUACAUGUAUUGAAUUGCGUCAUAGCUUAUUAGUAAAAUUCCUUUAGCGUUGUAUCAAAAAUAGCUAUCUAUUCUUGGGUAGUUGUUGAGCAAUCCAACAGUGAGUGGUUGUGCACAAGAUAGAAUAAAAACAUGAUCCUAUCUUAUUGUUAGCUAUUAAACAGAAAGUAAAUAUACCAAUACAGUGUUAUUAUUGGCUCUCAAUUUCUAUGCUUGAUGGUUUAUUCGGGCCCUGCCAUCGUCAAUUAUCGUGCAAUAGCAUCUAAUUAUGCAGUAGUGACUAUGUGAUCUUUGAAAACUAAUGGCUUCAUGAUAAUGUUUGUUAUUGCACCGACAAUGGAUUGCAAUGACUAUUGAUUGCAAUGACUAUCGAUUGCAAUAACUAUUGAUUACAAUAACUAUGGAUUGCAUUGUCUAUGUUAUGCAAUGACUAUGGAAUGCAUUGACUGUGGAUUGCACUGUCUAUGGAAUGCAAUGACUAUAGAUUGCAAUGACUAUGAAUUGCAAUGACUUUGGCAGACAAUGGCUAUGGAUUGCAAUAGUCAGGCGAUCUGACAUAGUUAAAGCAAUUCUUUCUGUGGUUACGCAGUCUCUCCUUUGCAUUUAUAGAUAGGCGAAACGACUCACCAUCUUCGUAUGCAAAUUUAAUGGAGAACUUGGAUCACAAAUCGAUACAAGAUCAUAUGUCGAGGUUUUCCUCUGGGCCUUGUUAUAAGAUCGAGUCAGUCGAUCUAAUAACGCAGGAGUAAUAUUAGUAUGGAAAAGUGAUCGAUAUUAUGCAUCUUUUCUCUUAAACUUGGAAAAUGUCCUUCUAAUUGUAAUGUGGGGAUGGAGAGAAUCGUUCUGCUUCUUUACAGCUGUCGCCUUAUAAUAAAACCACCAAGGUCACGACCAUGAACUCUUUGAGAGAUAAAUCUCGAGAUGCCGCUGAGGAUGGUUCUAUGAAUGGAAGUUGCACUGAACUAUACAUUUACGUUCGUGUUAUCACUGAUUUGCUUUUGAGUAUUUUUUUUUUAUAAGGUCAACUUAGUCGGUAAAACGUGACAGAAAGAUACAUGCAAGUCUUCUGUAAGCAAAGAGAAUGCUUAGAAGUAAGCUGGAAGGAAGUAACUAUCAUUUCUCACGAGAAAGAACAGGCCUUUGGAGGUUCACUUGAAGUAAUCUGACCCAGACCCAGAUCCUCCAUCGGUUGGCAGACAUUUUCCCCAGAUGGUGCUGUUGGUGGUUUGCUCAAAGGAAUAUCCAGGCACACAAGGACAUUCGCGAACAUAUUGCUGGGAAAAGAAAAGAAAAUGUAGCAAAUGAAGAAGGAUAUGCAACGUUUACCACAAUCAUUUAUGGGAUGAAGAAGGAGAUCUGAGUCUCCCAUGAAGAUUUGAGCCCUAGAAAGUUACGAUUUAGCGAUAAGAUACCAACAAAGGAACGGAGAAGUUGUUGGCAAACCUAGCAAAAGCGACCUUGAAUUUCAAAAAUUAAUUUCGAGGGAGGAGGGAGAAUUCAGAGUGAUAGUAUGAAUUUCAUUGAGGGACUGUGCCGCUGGGAUUUUGAUCACUAAACCAGUUUCAGACGCUGUCUAUAAUGUGGAACUUGGUGGGGAAAAAAAAUCACACGCUUUGCAAGAAUCACUAUUUUCCGAGUAUACGCUAAAGAAGUCGUUCACACUUUUUUCAUGGGAUGAUAUUCAUACUUUUGGCUGCUUUUAAUGUAAAAUUAGCUAACCCUUCGACAACCGUUCUUGCCGGUCGGUGUUUGUAAACAAUAUUAUUUGUUCUUUCCUACCUUUAAUGGACACUAGAAUCCUCGCCCAGGUUUGACGAGACUCUUGCAUACUCCAUGUUUGUCGUUUCCUUUGGUACAGCACUGGAUUUUGUCACAGUCUCUACCAGACGAACAAAGUCCCGGCUCGUCUUGAGGUCUCCCUCAAAUAUUUGUUACGCGAACCCUAAACUUUUAAUUUUUACAUUCCGGAUUCAAAAUCUUCAGAGACGCGUGCAAACAGAAUCGUUUUCGUUCCAGACCUAUCGGCUGGUGUGUAACUGAAAGAAUGAACCUCAUGCGAAUACAUAUGCUCUCAAGUAAACCUACCUUGUCCAAAUAAAGUUCCACAGUGUUCAAACAAAACUGUCACGUCUGGAUCACCUAAAAUGUGACAUUCAAUCCACGUUUAAUUAAAAACGAUACUUGACCAAGAGAAAGCCUUGACAUCGCUCAACUUAGAACAGUUUUUAUGUCUCUUUCCCUUCAGAACUUGAAAAACUAAUUUGGGAUCAUUCAAGUUCUUAAAGUAAUCAGCAAAUAGGGGGGGUUUGGAUGUUAUGAAAGGUUUUUGAGAAAAACGCGCCACUCUGAAGGGAUCGCUUGAAUUACUUCGAUACCCUUAAAUGCUGCCACAAAUUUACAUGAUCAAGAAUUUAACUAUGUAAAUUUUUCUUUGUUCUCAAGUAAAAUUGCAUACUUACAUUAGCACGCUAAGUGAGUCUGCUAUCCUCCUCUAUUUUGGCCUCGCCCUGGAUGGCCACAGAGAGAGCUGCUAGCCGAUUAAAAAUACCAAAAGAAAACUCAUUUCUCCAAGGGGUGAGUAAGAUACUGACCGGGUCUUUUGUCUACUGGGAAAAUGGGAUGAAAAGCACCCCACUUAUACGCUUUGUUUUUGCCACGUUGCUCACUUCCAUCCAUUGUGAACCACUGAGUGCUGAACAAGCGUUUGCGAGGUCUGUUCACAGAUCAAAGUUGCUGUAGGGUUCUAAGCUUUCAAACUUUCUUUCCCAUGUGUGAAGUUUGUUUGAGGCGCGUCUGGGGCAAAGAAAGCGGUACUUUAAGCACGUUCAAAAUGACGAUUUUGGCGCCUUUCUUUAGUUUUA